AUGAGUAUUUUAUUUCUACCUUUUUCCCUUUUCUCUGGCGAAUUUCUCGAGAAAAUUCCUAAAUUGAGAGAGGUUGCUGUUCAACUUUUGGAAGUGGUACACGUUAGUAGUAGACCAGUUCCUCGUGCUCUUGUUGCGCGAAGGCCUUGGCAUAUUAAAAAAGAACAUCAAAGAUAUUGCAUAGAAAGUGGAAGUAAUAAUAAUAUAUUGUUUAAAGUAAUUGAAUCAACUCAAUUUUAUAUCGCGAAAAAAAAACCGAGAAAUUGUCGUCGCUAUCAUUCAGGAGUACACGUUUUGAAUUGUCGAUACUCGCGUAUAGUAUUUGGUUAUCAUCAAAUAAUCAUUGAUGACGAUGAUAAUGUUAUCGAGAAUGACGAUGGAACGUAUUUACCUGGCUGCACACGACAACGCAUAUCGAAUGUUUGCUUUUUUGUGAAAGUUGAACCAGUUUUCGGCGAAUUUUUGAAGAUUGGUUAUCUGGAAACGAGUACAUCUAAAAGACCACCAACAAAACCGAGUCGAAUUCCUAUUCGUGUAUGGAAUUACAGUCACCCAAGGAGAAAUGCUCAAACAGUUCGACCAAUAGAAAUUAACAAUAAAAGGACCAACACUAAAGAAAAUAACAAGAAAAAAGACAGAGACAGAGAUAAAAAGGUAAAUUUAUCGAAAGAGUUGAUAAAAAAGCGGAGGUGGUGUGUGGUUUCUGGGUUCGAACCGCAUCGACAACGACAACAAAAUGAUAGGAUAUCUAUUCAUAGUAAGAAUAGGUUUAGAAAAUGUUCUGCAUGCGAUCACUUGGAGUUUCGCCAUCUUAAGGGAAUUUGA